AUGAUACCGAGUCAGGCCAGGAGACAGGGACGCAAACAAAACCUAGAGGCCCCCAAUCCGGGUCCUAAACCCCUGCCUUCCUCCAAAGCCAUCUCUGAGACAGACCGAACCAGCCUGCCCAGUCCUAUCGCUGACACUGCUAUAGAUCCAGGAGAAGGCACUGCGAAGAAGGAGGGGGAUGAUGUGUUUUAUUCCAGUGUGAUUUGGAAGAAGAAGAAGUGGAUGAAGAAGAAGAAUGAGGGGUCCGUGGACGGGGGAAGGGAGGCGUCUAGCGGUUCCUACCUGGAGGAAGAAAGGGUCAUCUGGUACCGGUAUCAUAGCGUUCUCUAUCCCAAGGUUUAUGAUGGCAAGGAACCGACCAGUGUGGAGACCAGUUUUAGAGGGCGUACAUCAGUGCCAGGCAAUGCAUCAGAGGGUGACUGUACACUGAGGGUUGAGAGUGUGACAUGGACAGAUAAUAACCUCCAGCUCUACGUGUGGAUCAACCCUGAUGAGUCAGCUACACAAAAUGUCCAUCAUCAGAUCUUGGAAGCCAUGGUGGUGAGGAGUGGGUUGAUUCUGUCUGUCUACAUCCUCACCUUCCUGAUGGGCCUGCCUGGCAACAUCCUGGCACUCUACGCCUUCAGCGUCAAGAUCCGCAAAAAGCCCACUCCUACAGACAUCCUCCUGCUCAACCUGACUGUGUCCGACCUUAUCUUCCUGCUCUGCCUGCCCCUCAAGAUGCACGAGGCAGCCUCCGGCAUGGUAUGGACUCUCCCCAGGCCUCUCUGCAACAUUACCUCUUUCGUCUUCUUCUCCACCAUUUACACCAGCUCCCUCCUGCUGAUGGUGGUCAGUGUUGACCGCUACCUGUGUGUGGCCUUCCCUGUCCAGUACAGGCUCCGCCGCAAGCCCUUGUAUGGAGUGGUGAGCAGCCUGGUGGUGUGGGUCUUCAGCUCGGUCCACCUCUGCUUCAUCUACAUCGUGGAGAACCAGACCUCAUCUGAGUUCUAUGCCUGCUAUGACAACUUCACCCAGGAGCAGCUGAAGGUGGUGCUUCCCAUGCGCUUGGAGCUGUGUGUGGUUCUAUACAUCGUGCCACUGCUGGUCUGUGUGUUCUGCUACCUGAACUUCAUCCUCAUCCUCAAUAGGACCCCUAACCUUUGUGCAGAGAAAAGGAAGAGAGCCGUCGGAAUGGCUAUGGGGACCUUACUUGUUUUUGUUGUCUGCUUCCUGCCCUAUAACGUCACCCAUGUACAGGGGUUCAUCAUCCAAGACAACGUGGAGUGGCGGCUCUACGCUCUGCUCCUGACCACGGUCAACACCGUCCUGGAUCCUGUGACGUUCUACUUCUCCUCCUCCAUGUUCCAGGCCACCAUGAAGAGGAUCCUGACUGGGAAGCGAAGGAACCGCUCCCCUGGUGUCUUCAUGACAGCUCAAAACAACACUAGAGACAUAGAGGGACACAGUAACCCACCCACAACUGAGGGAGGUUUGUCUGACAAGUGA